AUGGCGAAGAAGACUUUUAGCAAAUUGGAGAUAAUCCUUAGUGUUCUGUUCCUGGCAUUGUUCAUCAUUUGUAUUGCCCUGAUUGUGCUUUUAGCUACGAAUACCUCGGGAGUGAAAGUUGUCUCAGUAGCUAACACUACUUCAACUCCUGAAACAACCAGGACAACAGUGACCUCUACUACCACCUCCACAUCCACCUCUUCCACGACUGUAACUCCAGAAUGCCAUGAAGUAAACCUGUCAGAAAGGAUCAACUGCAUCCCUGAUCAAUUACCAACACAGGCCACAUGUUACCAGCGUGGUUGCUGCUGGAGUCCCCAGGGAUCAGUCAACAUGCCCUGGUGCUACUUCUCCAAGCAGUAUGGCUAUCAGGUAGAAGGUAGUGCAGACACCAAUGCUGGGUUCACAGCCCAGUUGAGCAGACUGCCUACUCCUUCGAUGUUUGGAAAUGAUAUUGCCAAUGUCAUCCUUGAAGCAGAAUACCAGACGUCCAAUCGUUUCCACUUCAAGAUCAGUGACCCCAAUGAUGCCAGAUAUGAGGUCCCUCAUGAACAUGUCCAGCCAUUUACAGGAACUGCAGCUAAUAAUUUGAACUAUCUUGUGGAGGUUGAAAAAGAGCCAUUUAGCAUCAAAGUUAUCCGGCAAAGCAACAACCGUGUUUUAUUUGACACUGGUAUUGGGCCCCUCCAGUUUGCUCAGCAAUACCUACAGCUCUCCAUCCAGCUACCCAGUGCUAAUGUGUAUGGCCUAGGGGAGCAUGUGCACCAGCAGUACCGUCAUGAUAUGGACUGGAAGACCUGGCCCAUCUUCUCUCGGGACACUACUCCUAAUGACGGCAUGACUAACUUGUAUGGAGCUCAGACAUUUUUCUUGUGCCUUGAAGAUACAAGUGGACAGUCCUUUGGAGUUUUUCUGAUGAACAGCAAUGCCAUGGAGGUUGCCCUUCAACCUACCCCAGCAAUCACUUACCGAGUCACUGGAGGUGUUCUGGACUUUUAUGUCUUCUUAGGAAACUCUCCAGAAGAGGUUGUUCGGGAAUACCUUGAGCUUAUUGGAAGGCCAUUCUUACCAUCUUAUUGGACUCUUGGAUUUCAUCUCAGUCGUUGGGUGUACGGAGGUUUGGAUGGAAUGAAGGAAGUUGUAGAGAGAAACCGCGCUGCUCAACUUCCUUGUGAUGUUCAGUAUUCUGAUAUUGACUACAUGGAUGAGAACAAGGACUUCACUUAUGAUAAAGUACUAUUUAAGGACCUACCUGAGUUUGUUGAGGAUUUGCACAACCAUGGACAGAAAUAUGUCAUUAUUGUGGAUCCAGCCAUUGCCACUGACUCUCUCGACUAUGGCCCUUAUAGCCGGGGCUCAGAUGUGAAGAUAUGGGUCAAUGCAUCAGAUGGAGUGACACCACUCAUUGGGGAGGUAUGGCCAGGCAAGACAGUCUUUCCGGACUAUACCAAUCCGAAGUGUGUCCAGUGGUGGGCAGAAGAGUUCAGACUUUUCUACGAGGAGAUAAAGUUUGAUGGAAUCUGGAUUGAUAUGAACGAACCCUCCAACUUCGUUGAUGGUUCAUCUACGGGAUGCUCCAAUAGCAACCUGAACUAUCCGCCAUUUACUCCUAGAAUACUGGACCAGUUUUUGCCUACUAAGACCCUUUGCAUGGAUGCAGUUCAGCACUGGGGCAGACACUAUGAUGUCCACAAUCUGUAUGGCUACUCCAUGGCGAUCGCAACAGAAGGGGCUGUAAAAACUGUCUUCCCUGAUAAAAGAAGCUUUAUUGUGACACGCUCUACCUUUGCCGGGUCGGGCAAAUUUGCAGCCCAUUGGCUGGGGGACAACGCAGCCACAUGGAAUGACCUUCGUUGGUCUAUACCUGGCAUGCUUGAGUUCAACCUGUUUGGUAUCCCUAUGGUGGGCCCUGACAUCUGUGGUUAUGCUGAUGAUGCCUCAGAAGAACUAUGCAGGCGGUGGAUGCAGCUUGGGGCAUUUUAUCCAUUUUCUAGGAAUCAUAACGGUCAAGGCUACAAGGACCAGGAUCCUGCUGCAUUUGGGGAAGAUUCUCUUCUCUUGAAUACCUCCAGAUACUACCUGAACAUCCGCUAUACCCUGCUGCCCUAUCUCUACACCCUCUUCUUCCGAGCUCACACUCGGGGGGACACUGUAGCCCGGCCCCUUCUACAUGAGUUCUAUGAUGACAGUUCCACCUGGGAUGUAUAUAGACAGUUUCUGUGGGGGCCUGGGCUUCUCAUCACUCCAGUUUUGGAUGAGGGGGCUGAGACUGUGACAGCAUAUAUGCCUGAUGCUAUCUGGUACGACUAUGAAACAAGUGGCCAAACAUCGUGGAGAAAACAAAGUGUUGAGAUGUCACUUCCACCAGACAAAAUUGGACUCCAUCUUCGAGGGGGCUAUAUUUUCCCCACGCAGCAGCCAGCCAUCACCACAGUAGCCAGCCGACAGAAUCCUCUUGGUCUCAUCAUUGCCCUUGAUGACAAUGGGGAAGCUAGAGGAGAACUGUUUUGGGAUGAUGGAGAGACCAAAGGUACUGUAGAUAGUGGUGCCUACAUCUUGCAUGAGUUUUUGUUCACCCAAAACCAUUUGGAUGUGAAGGUUUUGCAUCAAUCUUACAAUGAUGCAAAUAAUUUAGCAUUUAAGGAGAUUAAAAUCCUUGGGACAGAGGAACCUACUAACAUCAGCGUGAAGAUGAAUAAUGUCCUCAUUGCAUCUUCUCCUACUGUCACUUACAAUGAAGAUCUAAAGGUUGCUAUCAUCUCAGGACUUGAGCUUCCCUUGGGAGAAGAAUACACUUUGGAAUGGAGUUUCAAAUAUAGGGAUGUAGACAAAAUAGACUGUUAUCCUGAGGACCAGUCAGUCUCUGAAGAAAACUGCACAGCUCGUGGUUGUGUCUGGGAGUUACCCGGUUCUCCAGGAGUUCCUAGCUGCUAUAUCACCAAUUUCUUCUACUCUGUCAGUAACAUUCAGUACAACUCCUUGGGGGUUACUGCUGAUCUCUUCUUAAAUUCAAGUCUGUAUGCUUCCAACCUGCCCUCUACCCCCGUGAACCCUCUCCGCUUGGAUGUCACCUACCAUAAGAAUGAUAUGCUGCAGUUUAAGAUCUAUGAUGCCAAUAGCAAAAGGUAUGAGGUCCCAGUGCCCCUCAACAUCCCUAGCUCUCCCUCCAGCACCUCUGAGAAUCGACUUUAUGAAGUUUUCAUAAGGAGUGAUCCUUUUGGGAUUGAGAUCCAACGCCGAAGCACCGGCACAGUAAUUUGGGAUUCUCAGGUCCCUGGCUUCACCUUUAAUGACAUGUUCCUGCGCAUCUCCACCCGCCUCCCAUCCCACUACAUCUACGGCUUUGGCGAAACGGAGCAUACAACAUUCCGGAGAAACAUGACCUGGCACACAUGGGGAAUGUUUUCUCGAGACCAGGCCCCAGGGUACAAGAAGAAUUCCUAUGGUGUGCACCCCUAUUACAUGGGUCUGGAAGAGGAUGGCAAUGCUCAUGGGGUGCUCCUACUCAAUAGCAAUGCCAUGGAUGUGACUUUCCAGCCCACCCCCGCACUGACAUACCGCACCACUGGGGGCGUUCUGGACUUUUACAUGGUCUUGGGGCCAACCCCAGAGCUCGUCACUCAGCAGUACACAGAGUUGGUCGGGAGGCCAGUGAUGACACCUUACUGGGCCUUAGGGUUCCAACUCUGUCGCUAUGGAUACCAGAAUGAUGCUGAAAUUGCUGAACUUUAUGAUGCUAUGGUGGCAGCCCAGAUCCCUUAUGAUGUGCAGUACUCAGACAUUGACUACAUGGAGAGGCAGCUGGACUUCACCCUCAGCCCCGAGUUUGCUGGCUUUCCCAGUCUGAUCAAUCGAAUGAAGGAGGCUGGGAUGAGAGUCAUCAUUAUUCUGGACCCAGCCAUUUCUGGCAAUGAGACCCAGCCAUAUCCUGCAUUCACUCGUGGACUCCAGGAUAAUGUGUUCAUCAAAUGGCCAGAUGACAGUGACAUUAUCUGGGGAAAGGUCUGGCCAGAUUUGCCCAAUGUCACUGUCGAUUCAUCUAUUGAUUGGAACACUCAAGUGGAGAUAUACAGAGCUCACGUUGCCUUCCCAGACUUUUUCCGUAAUUCAACAGCCAUGUGGUGGAAGAGGGAAAUGCUAGAACUCUACAGCAAUCCCACUGAGCCAGAGAAGAGCUUGAAGUUUGAUGGAAUGUGGAUUGACAUGAAUGAACCUGCAAGCUUUGUGAAUGGGGCAGCUCCUCCAGGCUGUAGGGAUACCACGCUCAACCAUCCUCCAUAUAUGCCUUAUCUGGAGUCAAGAGACAGCGGCCUGAGCAGUAUGACCCUGUGCAUGGAAGGUCAGCAGUUCCUGCCUGAUGGAAGCCCAGUGCGGCACUAUGAUGUGCACAGUCUCUAUGGCUGGUCCCAGACAAAGCCCACAUAUGAAGCUGUGCAAGAGGCCACAGGAGAGAGAGGAAUCGUGAUCACUCGCUCAACCUUUCCCUCUUCAGGACGCUGGGCAGGACACUGGCUGGGAGACAACACAGCAGCAUGGGACCAGCUCUAUAAAUCCAUCAUUGGCAUGAUGGAGUUCAGUCUCUUUGGAAUAUCUUAUACAGGAGCUGAUAUCUGUGGAUUCUUUAAUGAUGCUGAAUAUGAGAUGUGUGCUCGCUGGAUGCAACUGGGAGCCUUUUACCCUUUCUCUAGGAACCACAAUACAAUUGGGCAAAAGAGACAGGACCCAGUGUCUUGGAAUUCUACUUUCGAGGAUCUCUCAAGAAGCGUCCUUCAGACAAGAUAUACCCUCUUGCCGUAUCUCUACACCCUUAUGCACAAGGCUCACGUUGAUGGCAACACUGUUGUCCGGCCCCUUCUCCAUGAGUUUGUAGAAGACAGUGAAACCUGGGACAUAUUCCUUCAGUUCUUGUGGGGACCAGCCUUCUUAAUCAGCCCGGUCCUAGAACCUGAUGCCAGGCAGGUGUCUGCCUACUUCCCCAAAGCCCCGUGGUAUGAUUACUACUCGGGCUCAGAUAUUGGAGUGAGGGGAGAGUGGAAGGACCUGCCAGCCCCCCUUGACCACAUCAAUCUCAUGUUCCGUGGAGGCUACAUCCUACCAUGGCAAGAACCUGCCAAUAACACCCAUUAUAGCCGGAGAAAUUCACUGGGUCUUAUUGUGGCUUUAUCAGACAAUGGAACAGCUGAAGGAGAGUUUUUCUGGGAUGAUGGACAAAGCAUAGAUACCUAUGAACAGGGGAACUACUAUUUCUCAACAUUUUCUGCUAGUCAGAAUCAUCUAGAUGUGAAGGUUUUACAUCAGAAUUACAGAGAUCCAAAUAACUUAGCAUUUAAAGAGAUCAAAAUCUUUGGACUGAAUGUUCAACCAGUUCUAGUUACUGUGAAAGAGAAUGAUGUUCCAAUCCAAUCUGAUGCUGAAAUGAAGUAUGAUCCUGAAACAAAGGUAUUUCACAUCACAGGACUGUAUCUUGAGCUGGGCAAGCAGUAUACAGUGGAGUGGCCCACAAGUUUCACAGACACAGAGAAAUUUGACUGCUACCCUGAUGCCGAUGGUUCUAAUGAAGAAAACUGUAAUUUGCGUGGCUGUAUCUGGGAGCCAACCAGUUCUUCAGGAGUCCCCUAUUGCUACAUCACCAAAUAUUAUUAUACGGCCAGUAAUAUUCAGCAGAGACCAGAGGGCCUAACAGUAGACAUCUCACGAAAUGCGGAGGUCAACUACUACCCUUCCACACCCAUUAACCAGCUCCGAUUGGAUGUGACAUUCCAUAAAGAUGAUAUGCUACAAUUUAAGAUCUAUGAUCCCAACAACAAAAGGUAUGAAGUCCCAGUGCCUUUAAAUAUUCCAAGCUCCCCCGUCACCCAAGAUGAAAAUCUUCUCUAUGAAGUGACCAUCAAGGAAAACCCAUUUGGAAUUAGAAUCCGCCGAAAAAGCACCGGCACUGUGAUUUGGGAUUCCCAGGUCCCUGGCUUUACCUUUAAUGAUAUGUUCCUACGUAUCUCCACCCGCCUCCCAUCUCAUUACAUCUAUGGCUUUGGGGAAACUGAGCACACGACAUUCCGGAGGAACCUGAACUGGCACACAUGGGGAAUGUUUUCUCGAGACCAGCCCCCAGGGUAUAAGCUGAAUUCCUAUGGUGUGCACCCCUACUACAUGGGUCUGGAAGAGGAUGGCAAUGCCCAUGGAGUGCUCCUGCUCAACAGCAAUGCCAUGGAUGUGACUUUCCAGCCCACCCCUGCCCUGACAUAUCGUACUGUGGGAGGUAUUCUGGACUUUUAUAUGGUUUUGGGGCCAACUCCAGAGCUUGUGACUCAACAGUACACAGAGUUGAUUGGCCGUCCAGUGAUGACUCCUUACUGGGCCUUAGGCUUCCAGCUGUGUCGCUAUGGAUACGAGAGUGAUUCUGAAAUUGCUGAACUCUAUGAUGCCAUGGUGGCUGCUCAGAUUCCCUAUGAUGUGCAGUAUUCAGACAUUGAUUACAUGGAGAGGCAGCUGGACUUCACCCUCAGCCCCGAGUUUGCUGGCUUUCCCAAUCUGAUCAAUCGAAUGAAGGAGGCUGGGAUGAGAGUCAUCAUUAUUCUGGACCCAGCAAUUUCUGGCAAUGAGACUGAGCCAUAUCCUGCAUUCACUCGGGGACUCCAGGAAGAUGUGUUCAUCAAAUGGCCAGAUGACAGCGACAUUGUUUGGGGAAAGGUUUGGCCAGAUUUACCCAACAUCACUGUCGAUGACUCUAUUGACUGGGACACACAAGUGGAGAUAUAUAGAGCUCAUGUUGCUUUCCCAGACUUUUUCCGUAAUUCAACAGUCAUGUGGUGGAAGCGGGAAUUGCUAGAACUCUACAACAAUCCCACUGAUCCAGAGAAGAGCUUGAAAUUUGAUGGAAUGUGGAUUGAUAUGAAUGAACCAUCAAGCUUUGUGAAUGGUGCAGUUCCUCCAGGCUGCAGGAAUACCACUUUCAACCAUCCUCCUUAUAUGCCCUAUCUGGAGGAUAGAGACAAUGGCCUGAGCAGUAAGACCCUGUGCAUGGAAAGUCAGCAGUUCCUGCCUGAUGGAAGCCCAGUGUGGCACUAUGAUGUGCACAGUCUCUAUGGCUGGUCCCAGACAAAGCCCACAUACGAAGCUGUGCAAGAGGCCACAGGAGAGAGAGGAAUCGUGAUCACGCGCUCAACCUUUCCAUCUUCAGGACGCUGGGCAGGACAUUGGCUGGGAGACAACACAGCAGCAUGGGACCAGCUCUAUAAAUCCAUCAUUGGCAUGAUGGAAUUCAGCCUCUUUGGAAUAUCCUAUACAGGAGCUGAUAUCUGUGGAUUCUUUAAUGAUGCUGAAUAUGAGAUGUGUGCUCGCUGGAUGCAACUGGGAGCCUUUUACCCUUUCUCUAGGAACCACAAUACAGAGGGGCAAAAGAGACAAGACCCUGUGGCUUGGAAUUCCACCUUUGAGGAUAUUUCAAGAAAUGUCCUUCAGACAAGAUACACGCUGUUGCCUUAUCUCUACACCCUGAUGCACAUGGCCCAUGUAGAAGGCAGCACUGUUGUCCGGCCCCUUCUUCAUGAGUUUGUGGAAGACAAAGAAACCUGGGACAUAUUCCUUCAAUUCUUGUGGGGUCCAGCCUUAUUAAUCAGCCCUGUUCUGGAACCUAAUUCCUGGAAUGUGACUGCCUACUUCCCCAAUGCCAGCUGGUAUGAUUAUUACACGGGCUCAGACAUUGGAGUGAGGGGACAGUGGAAGAACCUGCCAGCCCCUCUUGACCACAUCAAUCUGCACAUCCGCGGGGGCUACAUCCUUCCCUGGCAAAAACCUGCAAAUAACACCCACUAUAGCCGGAAAAAUUCCCUGGGACUGAUUGUGGCUUUAUCUGACAAUGAGACAGCUGAAGGAGAAUUUUUUUGGGAUGAUGGACAGAGUAUUGAUACUUAUGAAAGGGGGAAUUACUAUUUUUCAACCUUCUCUGUCAGUCAGAAUCGCCUAGAGGUCAAGGUUGUGCACAUGAACUACAAUGAUCCAGAUGGCCUAGCAUUUGAAGAGAUCAAAAUAUUUGGGUUGAACUUCAAACCAGAUACUGUUAUUGUGGCAGAAAAUAAUGUUACAAUCCAAUCUACUGCUGAGAUCAAGUAUGAUUCUGCAACAAAGGUUGGUAACAUCACAGGGCUUCACCUCGAACUGGGAAAGGAAUACACAGUGGAAUGGUUCACUCAAUUCAUAGAUACGGAAAAAUUUGACUGCUACCCUGAUGAAGAUGGUGUCAAUGAAGAAAACUGUCUUUUGCGUAACUGUGUCUGGGAGCCAACCAGUUCCUCUGGAGUCCCUUAUUGCUAUAUCACCAAAUAUUAUUAUACUGCCUCUAACAUUCAGAGUACACCAGCAGGCCUAACAGCAACUAUCACCCGAAUUCCUGGAGACAGCUACUAUCCUUCUACUCCCAUAGAUGAGCUUCACUUGGAGGUGACUUUCCAUACAAACAACAUGCUACAGUUCAAGAUCGAUGAUCCCAACAACAAAAGGUAUGAAGUCCCAGUGCCUUUAAAUAUUCCAAGCUCCCCCACCAGCCAACCUGAAAAUCUUCUGUAUGAGGUGACCAUCAAGGAAAACCCAUUUGGAAUUGAGAUCUGCCGAAAAAGCACAGGCACUGUGAUUUGGGAUUCCCAGGUCCCUGGCUUUACCUUUAAUGACAUGUUCCUACGUAUCUCCACCCGCCUCCCUUCCCAUUACAUCUAUGGCUUUGGGGAAACUGAGCACACGACAUUCCGGAGGAACCUGAACUGGCACACAUGGGGAAUGUUUUCUCGAGACCAGCCCCCAGGGUAUAAGCUGAAUUCCUAUGGUGUGCACCCCUACUACAUGGGUCUGGAAGAGGAUGGCAAUGCCCAUGGAGUGCUCCUGCUCAACAGCAAUGCCAUGGAUGUGACUUUCCAGCCCACCCCUGCACUGACAUAUCGUACUGUGGGAGGUAUUCUGGACUUUUACAUGGUUUUGGGGCCAACUCCAGAGCUUGUCACUCAACAGUACACAGAGUUGAUUGGCCGUCCAGUGAUGACUCCCUACUGGGCCUUAGGCUUCCAGCUGUGUCGCUAUGGAUAUGAGAGUGAUUCUGAAAUUGCUGAACUCUAUGAUGCCAUGGUGGCUGCUCAGAUCCCCUAUGAUGUGCAGUACUCAGACAUUGAUUACAUGGAGAGGCAGCUGGACUUCACCCUCAGCCCUGAGUUUGCUGGCUUUCCCAAUCUGAUCAAUCGAAUGAAGGAGGCUGGCAUGCGAGUCAUCCUCAUUCUGGACCCAGCAAUUUCUGGCAAUGAGACUGAGCCAUAUCCUGCAUUCACUCGGGGACUCCAGGAAGAUGUGUUCAUCAAGUGGCCAGAUGACAGCGACAUUGUUUGGGGAAAGGUUUGGCCUGAUUUGCCCGACGUCACUGUCGAUGGAUCUCUUGACUGGGACACGCAAGUGGAGAUAUACAGAGCUCAUGCUGCUUUCCCAGACUUUUUCCGUAAUUCAACAGUCACGUGGUGGAAGCGGGAAUUGCUGGAACUCCACAACAAUCCCACUGAUCCAGAGAAGAGCUUGAAGUUUGAUGGAAUGUGGAUUGAUAUGAAUGAACCAUCAAGCUUUGUGAAUGGGGCAGUUCCUCCAGGCUGCAGGGAUACCACGCUCAACCAUCCUCCUUAUAUGCCCUAUCUGGAGGAUAGAAGCAGCGGCCUGAGCAGUAAGACCCUGUGCAUGGAAAGUCAGCAGUUCCUGUCUGAUGGAAGCCCAGUGCGACACUAUGAUGUACACAGUCUCUAUGGCUGGUCCCAGACAAAGCCCACAUAUGAAGCUGUGCAAGAGGCCACAGGAGAGAGAGGAAUUGUGAUCACGCGCUCAACCUUUCCGUCUUCAGGACGCUGGGCAGGACAUUGGCUGGGAGACAAUACAGCAGCAUGGGACCAGCUCUAUAAAUCCAUCAUUGGCAUGAUGGAAUUCAGCCUCUUUGGAAUACCCUAUACAGGAGCUGAUAUCUGUGGAUUCUUUAAUGAUGCUGAAUAUGAAAUGUGUGCUCGCUGGAUGCAACUGGGAGCCUUUUACCCUUUCUCUAGGAACCACAAUACAAUUGGGCAAAAGAGACAAGACCCUGUGGCUUGGAAUUCCACCUUUGAGGAUCUUUCAAGAAAUGUCCUUCAGACAAGAUACACACUGUUGCCUUAUCUCUACACCCUGAUGCACAUGGCCCAUGUAGAAGGCAGCACUGUUGUCCGGCCCCUCCUUCAUGAGUUUGUGGAAGACAAAGAAACUUGGGACAUAUUCCUUCAAUUCUUGUGGGGUCCAGCCCUCUUAGUCAGCCCUGUUCUGGAACCUAAUACCUGGAACGUGACUGCCUACUUCCCAAGUUCCAGUUGGUAUGAUUAUUACACGGGCUCAGACAUUGGAGUGAGGGGACAGUGGAAGAACCUGCCAGCCCCUCUUGACCACAUCAAUCUGCAUAUCCGUGGGGGCUACAUCCUUCCCUGGCAAAAACCUGCAAAUAACACCCACUAUAGCCGGAAAAAUUCCCUGGGACUGAUUGUCGCUUUAUCUGACAAUGGGAGAGCUGAAGGAGAGUUUUUCUGGGAUGAUGGACAGAGUAUUGAUACUUAUGAAAGGGGGAAUUACUAUUUUUCAACCUUCUCUGCCAGUCAGAAUCGCCUAGAUGUCAAGGUUGUGCACAUGAACUACAAUGAUCCAGAUGGCCUAGCAUUUGAAGAGAUCAAAAUCUUUGGGUUGAACAUCAAACCAGUUAAUAUUGUUGUGACAGAAAAUAAUGUUCCAGUCCAAUCUAAUGCUGAGAUCAAUUAUGAUUCUGCGACAAAGGUCGGUAACAUCACAGGGCUUCACCUUGAAUUGGGGAAGGAAUACACGGUGGGAUGGUCUAAUGACAUCACAGAUACAGAAAAGUUUGAUUGCUACCCUGAUGAAGAUGGUGUCAAUGAAGAAAACUGUCUUUUGCGCAACUGUGCCUGGGAGCCAACCAGUUCCUCUGGAGUCCCUUAUUGCUAUAUCACCAAAUAUUAUUAUACUGCCUCUAACAUUCAGAGUACACCAGCAGGCCUAACAGCAACUAUCUCCCGAAUUCCUGGAGACAGCCACUAUCCUUCUACUCCCAUAGACGAGCUUCGCUUGGAGGUGACUUUCCAUACAAACAACAUGCUGCAGUUCAAGAUCGAUGAUCCCAACAACAAAAGGUAUGAAGUCCCAGUGCCUUUAAAUAUUCCAAGCUCCCCCAUCAGCCAACCUGAAAAUCUUCUGUAUGAGGUGACCAUCAAGGAAAACCCAUUUGGAAUUGAGGUCCGCCGAAAAAGCACAGGCACUGUGAUUUGGGAUUCCCAGGUCCCUGGCUUUACCUUUAAUGACAUGUUCCUACGUAUCUCCACCCGCCUCCCAUCUCAUUACAUCUAUGGCUUUGGAGAAACUGAGCACACGACCUUCCGGAGGAACCUGAACUGGCACACAUGGGGCAUGUUUUCUCGAGACCAGCCCCCAGGGUAUAAGCUGAAUUCCUAUGGUGUGCACCCCUACUACAUGGGUCUGGAAGAGGAUGGCAAUGCCCAUGGAGUGCUCCUGCUGAACAGCAACGCCAUGGAUGUGACUUUCCAGCCCACCCCUGCCCUGACCUAUCGUACUGUGGGAGGUAUUCUGGACUUUUACAUGGUUUUGGGGCCAACUCCAGAGCUUGUCACUCAACAGUACACAGAGUUGAUUGGCCGUCCAGUGAUGACUCCUUACUGGGCCUUAGGCUUCCAGCUGUGUCGCUAUGGAUACGAGAGUGAUUCUGAAAUUGCUGAACUCUAUGAUGCCAUGGUGGCUGCUCAGAUCCCCUAUGAUGUGCAGUACUCAGACAUUGAUUACAUGGAGAGGCAGCUGGACUUCACCCUCAGCCCUGAGUUUGCUGGCUUUCCCAAUCUGAUCAAUCGAAUGAAGGAGGCUGGCAUGCGAGUCAUCCUCAUUCUGGACCCAGCAAUUUCUGGCAAUGAGACUGAGCCAUAUCCUGCAUUCACUCGGGGACUCCAGGAAGAUGUGUUCAUCAAGUGGCCAGAUGACAGCGACAUUGUUUGGGGAAAGGUUUGGCCUGAUUUGCCCGACGUCACUGUCGAUGGAUCUCUUGACUGGGACACACAAGUGGAGAUAUACAGAGCUCAUGCUGCUUUCCCAGACUUUUUCCGUAAUUCAACAGUCACGUGGUGGAAGCAGGAAGUGCUAGAACUCUACAACAAUCCCAGUGAUCCAGAGAAGAGCUUGAAGUUUGAUGGAAUGUGGAUUGAUAUGAAUGAACCAUCAAGCUUUGUGAAUGGGGCAGUUCCUCCAGGCUGCAGGGAUACCACGCUCAACCAUCCUCCUUAUAUGCCCUAUCUGGAGGAUAGAAGCAGCGGCCUGAGCAGUAAGACCCUGUGCAUGGAAAGUCAGCAGUUCCUGCCUGAUGGAAGCCCAGUGCGACACUAUGAUGUACACAGUCUCUAUGGCUGGUCCCAGACAAAGCCCACAUAUGAAGCUGUGCAAGAGGCCACAGGAGAGAGAGGAAUCGUGAUCACGCGCUCAACCUUUCCGUCUUCAGGACGCUGGGCAGGACAUUGGCUGGGAGACAACACAGCAGCAUGGGACCAGCUCUAUAAAUCUAUCAUUGGCAUGAUGGAAUUCAGCCUCUUUGGAAUACCCUAUACAGGAGCUGAUAUCUGUGGAUUCUUUAAUGAUGCUGAAUAUGAGAUGUGCGCUCGCUGGAUGCAACUGGGAGCCUUUUACCCUUUCUCUAGGAACCACAAUACAAUUGGGCAAAAGAGACAAGACCCUGUGGCUUGGAAUUCCACCUUUGAGGAUCUUUCAAGAAAUGUCCUUCAGACAAGAUACACACUGUUGCCUUAUCUCUACACCCUGAUGCACAUGGCCCAUGUAGAAGGCAGCACUGUUGUCCGGCCCCUCCUUCAUGAGUUUGUGGAAGACAAAGAAACCUGGGACAUAUUCCUUCAAUUCUUGUGGGGUCCAGCCCUCUUAGUCAGCCCUGUUCUGGAACCUAAUACCUGGAGUGUGACUGCCUACUUCCCCAGUUCCAGUUGGUAUGACUAUUACACGGGCUCAGACAUUGAAGUGAGGGGACAGUGGAAGAACCUGCCAGCCCCUCUUGACCACAUCAAUCUACAUAUCCGUGGGGGCUACAUCCUUCCAUGGCAAAAACCUGCAAAUAACACCCACUAUAGCCGGAAAAAUUCCCUGGGACUGAUUGUCGCUUUAUCUGACAAUGGGAGAGCUGAAGGAGAGUUUUUCUGGGAUGAUGGACAGAGUAUUGAUACUUAUGAAAGGGGGAAUUACUAUUUUUCAACCUUCUCUGCCAGUCAGAAUCGCCUAGAUGUCAAGGUUGUGCACAUGAACUACAAUGAUCCAGAUGGCCUAGCAUUUGAAGAGGUCAAAAUCUUUGGGUUGAACAUCAAACCAGUUAAUAUUGUUGUGACAGAAAAUAAUGUUCCAGUCCAAUCUAAUGCUGAGAUCAAUUAUGAUUCUGCGACAAAGGUCGGUAACAUCACAGGGCUUCACCUUGAAUUGGGGAAGGAAUACACGGUGGAAUGGUCUAAUGACAUCACAGAUACAGAAAAGUUUGAUUGCUACCCUGAUGAAGAUGGUGUCAAUGAAGAAAACUGUCUUUUGCGCAACUGUGCCUGGGAGCCAACCAGUUCCUCUGGAGUCCCUUACUGCUAUAUCACCAAAUAUUAUUAUACUGCCUCUAACAUUCAGAGUACACCAGCAGGCCUAACAGCAACUAUCUCCCGAAUUCCUGGAGACAGCCACUAUCCUUCUACUCCCAUAGACGAGCUUCGCUUGGAGGUGACUUUCCAUACAAACAACAUGCUGCAGUUUAAGAUCGAUGAUCCCAACAACAAAAGGUAUGAAGUCCCAGUGCCUUUAAAUAUUCCAAGCUCCCCCAUCAGCCAACCUGAAAAUCUUCUGUAUGAGGUGACCAUCAAGGAAAACCCAUUUGGAAUUGAGAUCCGCCGAAAAAGCACAGGCACUGUGAUUUGGGAUUCCCAGGUCCCUGGCUUUACCUUUAAUGACAUGUUCCUACGUAUCUCCACCCGCCUCCCAUCUCAUUACAUCUAUGGCUUUGGAGAAACUGAGCACACGACAUUCCGGAGGAACCUGAACUGGCACACAUGGGGCAUGUUUUCUCGAGACCAGCCCCCAGGGUAUAAGCUGAAUUCCUAUGGUGUGCACCCCUACUACAUGGGUCUGGAAGAGGAUGGCAAUGCCCAUGGAGUGCUCCUGCUCAACAGCAACGCCAUGGAUGUGACUUUCCAGCCCACCCCUGCCCUGACCUAUCGUACUGUGGGAGGUAUUCUGGACUUUUACAUGGUUUUGGGGCCAACUCCAGAGCUUGUCACUCAACAGUACACAGAGUUGAUUGGCCGUCCAGUGAUGACUCCUUACUGGGCCUUAGGCUUCCAGCUGUGUCGCUAUGGAUAUGAGAGUGAUUCUGAAAUUGCUGAACUCUAUGAUGCCAUGGUGGCUGCUCAGAUCCCCUAUGAUGUGCAGUACUCAGACAUUGACUACAUGGAGAGGCAGCUGGACUUCACCCUCAGCCCUGAGUUUGCUGGCUUUCCCAAUCUGAUCAAUCGAAUGAAGGAGGCUGGCAUGCGAGUCAUCCUCAUUCUGGACCCAGCAAUUUCUGGCAAUGAGACUGAGCCAUAUCCUGCAUUCACUCGGGGACUCCAGGAAGAUGUGUUCAUCAAGUGGCCAGAUGACAGCGACAUUGUUUGGGGAAAGGUUUGGCCUGAUUUGCCCGACGUCACUGUCGAUGGAUCUCUUGACUGGGACACACAAGUGGAGAUAUACAGAGCUCAUGCUGCUUUCCCAGACUUUUUCCGUAAUUCAACAGUCAUGUGGUGGAAGCGGGAAUUGCUGGAACUCCACAACAAUCCCACUGAUCCAGAGAAGAGCUUGAAGUUUGAUGGAAUGUGGAUUGAUAUGAAUGAGCCAUCAAGCUUUGUGAAUGGGGCAGUUCCUCCAGGCUGCAGGGAUACCACGCUCAACCAUCCUCCUUUUAUGCCCUAUCUGGAGGAUAGAAGCAGCGGCCUGAGCAGUAAGACCCUGUGCAUGGAAAGUCAGCAGUUCCUGCCUGAUGGAAGCCCAGUGCGACACUAUGAUGUACACAGUCUCUAUGGCUGGUCCCAGACAAAGCCCACAUAUGAAGCUGUGCAAGAGGCCACAGGAGAGAGAGGAAUCGUGAUCACUCGCUCAACCUUUCCGUCUUCAGGACGCUGGGCAGGACAUUGGCUGGGAGACAACACAGCAGCAUGGGACCAGCUCUAUAAAUCCAUCAUUGGCAUGAUGGAAUUCAGCCUCUUUGGAAUACCCUAUACAGGAGCUGAUAUCUGUGGAUUCUUUAAUGAUGCUGAAUAUGAAAUGUGUGCUCGCUGGAUGCAACUGGGAGCCUUUUACCCUUUCUCUAGGAACCACAAUACAAUUGGGCAAAAGAGACAAGACCCUGUGGCUUGGAAUUCCACCUUUGAGGAUCUUUCAAGAAAUGUCCUUCAGACAAGAUACACACUGUUGCCUUAUCUCUACACCCUGAUGCACAUGGCCCAUGUAGAAGGCAGCACUGUUGUCCGGCCCCUUCUUCAUGAGUUUGUGGAAGACAAAGAAACCUGGGACAUAUUCCUUCAAUUCUUGUGGGGUCCAGCCCUCUUAGUCAGCCCUGUUCUGGAACCUAAUACCUGGAACGUGACUGCCUACUUCCCCAGUUCCAGUUGGUAUGACUAUUACACGGGCUCAGACAUUGGAGUGAGGGGACAGUGGAAGAACCUACCAGCCCCUCUUGACCACAUCAAUCUGCAUAUACGUGGGGGCUACAUCCUUCCAUGGCAAAAACCUGCAAAUAACACCCACUAUAGCCGGAAAAACUCCCUGGGACUGAUUGUGGCUUUAUCUGACAAUGGGAAAGCUGAAGGAGAGUUUUUCUGGGAUGAUGGACAGAGUAUUGAUACUUAUGAAAGGGGGAAUUACUAUUUUUCAACCUUCUCUGCCAGUCAGAAUCGCCUAGAUGUCAAGGUUGUGCACAUGAACUACAAUGAUCCAGAUGGCCUAGCAUUUGAAGAGAUCAAAAUCUUUGGGUUGAACAUCAAACCAGUUAAUAUUGUUGUGACAGAAAAUAAUGUUCCAGUGCAAUCUAAUGCUGAGAUCAAUUAUGAUUCUGCGACAAAGGUCGGUAACAUCACAAGACUUCACCUUGAAUUGGGGAAGGAAUACACAGUGGAAUGGUCUAAUGACAUCACAGAUACAGAAAAGUUUGAUUGCUACCCUGAUGAAGAUGGUGUCAAUGAAGAAAACUGUCUUUUGCGCAACUGUGCCUGGGAGCCAACCAGUUCCUCUGGAGUCCCUUAUUGCUAUAUCACCAAAUAUUAUUAUACUGCCUCUAACAUUCAGAGUACACCAGCAGGCCUAACAGCAACUAUCUCCCGAAUGCCUGGAGACAGCCACUAUCCUUCUACUCCCAUAGACGAGCUUCGCUUGGAGGUGACUUUCCAUACAAACAACAUGCUGCAGUUCAAGAUCGAUGAUCCCAACAACAAAAGGUAUGAAGUCCCAGUGCCUUUAAAUAUUCCAAGCUCCCCCAUCAGCCAACCUGAAAAUCUUCUGUAUGAGGUGACCAUCAAGGAAAACCCAUUUGGAAUUGAGAUCCGCCGAAAAAGCACAGGCACUGUGAUUUGGGAUUCCCAGGUCCCUGGCUUUACCUUUAAUGACAUGUUCCUACGUAUCUCCACCCGCCUCCCAUCUCAUUACAUCUAUGGCUUUGGAGAAACUGAGCACACGACCUUCCGGAGGAACCUGAACUGGCACACAUGGGGCAUGUUUUCUCGAGACCAGCCCCCAGGGUAUAAGCUGAAUUCCUAUGGUGUGCACCCCUACUACAUGGGUCUGGAAGAGGAUGGCAAUGCCCAUGGAGUGCUCCUGCUGAACAGCAACGCCAUGGAUGUGACUUUCCAGCCCACCCCUGCCCUGACCUAUCGUACUGUGGGAGGUAUUCUGGACUUUUACAUGGUUUUGGGGCCAACUCCAGAGCUUGUGACUCAACAGUACACAGAGUUGAUUGGCCGUCCAGUGAUGACUCCUUACUGGGCCUUAGGCUUCCAGCUGUGUCGCUAUGGAUACGAGAGUGAUUCUGAAAUUGCUGAACUCUAUGAUGCCAUGGUGGCUGCUCAGAUCCCCUAUGAUGUGCAGUAUUCAGACAUUGACUACAUGGAGAGGCAGCUGGACUUCACCCUCAGCCCCGAGUUUGCUGGCUUUCCCAAUCUGAUCAAUCGAAUGAAGGAGGCUGGCAUGCGAGUCAUCCUCAUUCUGGACCCAGCAAUUUCUGGCAAUGAGACUGAGCCAUAUCCUGCAUUCACUCGGGGACUCCAGGAAGAUGUGUUCAUCAAGUGGCCAGAUGACAGCGACAUUGUUUGGGGAAAGGUUUGGCCUGAUUUGCCCGACGUCACUGUCGAUGGAUCUCUUGACUGGGACACACAAGUGGAGAUAUAUAGAGCUCAUGCUGCUUUCCCAGACUUUUUCCGUAAUUCAACAGUCACGUGGUGGAAGCGGGAAUUGCUAGAACUCUACAACAAUCCCACUGAUCCAGAGAAGAGCUUGAAGUUUGAUGGAAUGUGGAUUGAUAUGAAUGAACCAUCAAGCUUUGUGAAUGGGGCAGUUCCUCCAGGCUGCAGGGAUACCACGCUCAACCAUCCUCCUUAUAUGCCCUAUCUGGAGGAUAGAAGCAGCGGCCUGAGCAGUAAGACCCUGUGCAUGGAAAGUCAGCAGUUCCUGCCUGAUGGAAGCCCAGUGCGACACUAUGAUGUACACAGUCUCUAUGGCUGGUCCCAGACAAAGCCCACAUAUGAAGCUGUGCAAGAGGCCACAGGAGAGAGAGGAAUCGUGAUCACGCGCUCAACCUUUCCGUCUUCAGGACGCUGGGCAGGACAUUGGCUGGGAGACAACACAGCAGCAUGGGACCAGCUCUAUAAAUCUAUCAUUGGCAUGAUGGAAUUCAGCCUCUUUGGAAUACCCUAUACAGGAGCUGAUAUCUGUGGAUUCUUUAAUGAUGCUGAAUACGAGAUGUGUGCUCGCUGGAUGCAACUGGGAGCCUUUUACCCUUUCUCUAGGAACCACAAUACAAUUGGGCAAAAGAGACAAGACCCUGUGGCUUGGAAUUCCACCUUUGAGGAUCUUUCAAGAAAUGUCCUUCAGACAAGAUACACACUGUUGCCUUAUCUCUACACCCUGAUGCACAUGGCCCAUGUAGAAGGCAGCACUGUUGUCCGGCCCCUCCUUCAUGAGUUUGUGGAAGACAAAGAAACCUGGGACAUAUUCCUUCAAUUCUUGUGGGGUCCAGCCCUCUUAGUCAGCCCUGUUCUGGAACCUAAUACCUGGAGUGUGACUGCCUACUUCCCCAGUUCCAGUUGGUAUGACUAUUAUACGGGCUCAGACAUUGGAGUGAGGGGACAGUGGAAGAACCUGCCAGCCCCUCUUGACCACAUCAAUCUACAUAUCCGUGGGGGCUACAUCCUUCCAUGGCAAAAACCUGCAAAUAACACCCACUACAGCCGGAAAAAUUCCCUGGGACUGAUUGUGGCUUUAUCUGACAAUGGGAGAGCUGAAGGAGAGUUUUUCUGGGAUGAUGGACAGAGUAUUGAUACAUAUGAAAGGGGGAAUUACUAUUUUUCAACCUUCUCUGCUAGUCAGAAUCGCCUAGAUGUCAAGGUUGUGCACAUGAACUACAAUGAUCCAGAUGGCCUAGCAUUUGAAGAGGUCAAAAUCUUUGGAUUGAACGUCAAACCAACUAAUGUUGUUGUGACAGAAAAUAAUGUUCCAGUCCAGUCUAAUGUUGAGAUCAAUUAUGAUUCUGCUACAAAGGUCGGUAACAUCACAGGGCUUCACCUUGAAUUGGGGAAGGAAUACACAGUGGAAUGGUCUAAUGACAUCACAGAUACAGAAAAGUUCGAUUGCUACCCUGAUGAAGAUGGUGUCAAUGAAGAAAACUGUCUUUUGCGCAACUGUGCCUGGGAGCCAACCAGUUCCUCUGGAGUCCCUUCUUGCUAUAUCACCAAAUAUUAUUAUACUGCCUCUAACAUUCAGAGUACACCAGCAGGCCUAACAGCAACUAUCUCCCGAAUUCCCGGGGACAGCUACUAUCCUUCUACUCCCAUCGAUGAGCUUCGCUUGGAGGUGACUUUCCAUACAAACAACAUGCUACAGUUCAAGAUCGAUGAUCCCAACAACAAAAGGUAUGAAGUCCCAGUGCCUUUAAAUAUUCCAAGCUCCCCCGUCAGCCAACCUGAAAAUCUUCUGUAUGAGGUGAUCAUCAAGGAAAACCCAUUUGGAAUUGAGAUCCGCCGAAAAAGCACAGGCACUGUGAUUUGGGAUUCCCAGGUCCCUGGCUUUACCUUUAAUGACAUGUUCCUACGUAUCUCCACCCGCCUCCCUUCCCAUUACAUCUAUGGCUUUGGGGAAACUGAGCACACGACAUUCCGGAGGAACCUGAACUGGCACACAUGGGGCAUGUUUACUCGAUCACAGCCCCCAGGCUAUAAGAAGAAUUCCUAUGGUGUGCACCCCUACUACAUGGGUCUGGAAGAGGAUGGCAAUGCCCAUGGAGUGCUCCUGCUCAACAGCAAUGCCAUGGAUGUGACUUUCCAGCCCACCCCUGCCCUGACAUAUCGUACUGUGGGAGGUAUUCUGGACUUUUACAUGGUUUUGGGGCCAACUCCAGAGCUUGUCACUCAACAGUACACAGAGUUGAUUGGCCGUCCAGUGAUGACUCCUUACUGGGCCUUAGGCUUCCAGCUGUGUCGCUAUGGAUACGAGAGUGAUUCUGAAAUUGCUGAACUCUAUGAUGCCAUGGUGGCUGCUCAGAUCCCCUAUGAUGUGCAGUACUCAGACAUUGACUACAUGGAGAGGCAGCUGGACUUCACCCUCAGCCCCGAGUUUGCUGGCUUUCCCAAUCUGAUCAAUCGAAUGAAGGAGGCUGGGAUGCGAGUCAUCCUCAUUCUGGACCCAGCAAUUUCUGGCAAUGAGACUGAGCCAUAUCCUGCAUUCACUCGGGGACUCCAGGAAGAUGUGUUCAUCAAGUGGCCAGAUGACAGCGACAUUGUUUGGGGAAAGGUUUGGCCAGAUUUGCCCGAUGUCACUGUUGAUUCAUCUCUUGACUGGGAGACACAAGUGGAGAUAUACAGAGCUCAUGCUGCUUUCCCAGACUUUUUCCGUAAUUCAACAGUCACGUGGUGGAAGUGGGAAGUGCUAGAACUCUACAACAAUCCCACUGAGCCAGAGAAGAGCUUGAAGUUUGAUGGAAUAUGGAUUGACAUGAAUGAACCAGCGAGCUUUGUGAAUGGGGCACUUCCUUUAGGCUGCAGGAAUACCACGCUCAACCAUCCUCCUUAUAUGCCCUAUCUGGAGGAUAGAGACAACGGCCUGAGCAGUAAGACCCUGUGCAUGGAAAGUCAGCAGUUCCUGCCUGAUGGAAGCCCAGUGCGGCACUAUGAUGUGCACAGUCUCUAUGGCUGGUCCCAGACAAAGCCCACAUAUGAAGCUAUGCAAGAGGCCACAGGAGAGAGAGGAAUCGUGAUCACGCGCUCAACCUUUCCCUCUUCAGGACGCUGGGCAGGACAUUGGUUGGGAGACAACAAAUCAGCAUGGGACCAGCUCUAUAAAUCCAUCAUUGGCAUGAUGGAAUUCAGCCUCUUUGGAAUAUCCUAUACAGGAGCUGAUAUCUGUGGAUUCUUUAAUGAUGCUGAAUAUGAGAUGUGUGCUCGCUGGAUGCAACUGGGAGCCUUUUACCCUUUCUCUAGGAACCACAAUACAAUUGGGCAAAAGAGACAAGACCCUGUGGCUUGGAAUUCCACCUUUGAGGAUAUUUCAAGAAAUGUCCUUCGGACAAGAUACACGAUGUUGCCUUAUCUCUACACCCUGAUGCACAUGGCCCAUGUAGAAGGCAGCACUGUUGUCCGGCCCCUUCUUCAUGAGUUUGUGGAAGACAAAGAAACUUGGGACAUAUUCCUUCAAUUCUUGUGGGGUCCAGCCUUCUUAAUCAGCCCUGUUCUGGAACCUAAUGCCUGGAAUGUGACUGCCUACUUCCCCAAUGCCCGCUGGUAUGAUUACUAUACGGGAUCAGACAUAGGAGUGAGGGGACAAUUUACGACAUUAUCAGCUCCUCUUGACCACAUUAAUCUUCAUAUCCGUGGGGGCUACAUCCUUCCAUGGCAAGAACCUGCCAAUAACACCUACUACAGCCGGCAAAACUUCAUGGGUCUCACAGCUGCCUUGGACGAUGAAGGAAAUGCUGAAGGCUGGCUCUUCUGGGAUGAUGGACAGAGCAUCAAUACAUAUGAAGAGGGAGACUAUUACUUGGCAAACUUUUCUGUUGGACAGAACAAACUGGAGAACCACAUCAUUCACAAUCAAUAUGUCGUCGCUACAAGACCACUGUGGCUGGGCUAUAUUCACAUAUGGGGAACAGGCACUGCCUCUAUUACCCAAGUCGAUGUUACUUACAACAACCAGAAUUUCGCCUUAGUCGACUUUCACCAUGACCAAGAGACGCAGGUGCUUUCAAUGAACUUGACUACACACAGUAUAAACUUGGGGUAUCCCUUUGUGGUGACAUGGCAGAGUUCCUCAUGACCGUUUGGAGCAAGACUUUGAACCAGUUACCGGAAGCCCUUUAUGGACCCUUGUAAUCAAUAUAUUUACAGAUCACUGUUAUAUAUUCUAUGACUUCAUUUAAUUGAGCCACAUCUAAUUAAAAAGGAAAUUGUUAAUGGCAUUUAAUUUGGACUUUAUCAAUAACCCUGUAUGUUGUGAAUCCUCAAUGAGAGGGCAUGGAUAGAUUGCUUUUUCUUUCUUCGUGAUUGAGUGGGAACAGAAGGCUCAUUACUGUUGUUAAGCAUUUUCUGAAGAGGAAACUCUGGCUAAGGGCCUCACUAGGUUGACUUGUUUAGGGUCAAAAAAUGACACUUCCU